GAGAGGGACGCGGAGGCGUCGCCACUGCGGGCUGGGCGGUGCGGCGGGCUCGGAACAGAGACCCCUGAUUCGGCCACCCCCAGGACGGGACCCACAGAGUCGCUGGAUCGGCACCAGCAUGUCGGGCGAGGCGAGCGCGCCAGGGGCCUCACCCAGGGCCCCGCGUCCCGGGACCCAGAAGUGGUCUGGCACAGUAGCCAAGAAGGGCGAUCGUGCGACCAAGGAGAAAACGGCACCCAUCCUGACGCCGGUGGGCGAGGCGGAGCCCAAAAACCCUGAGGAGUACCAGUGCACCGGGCUCCUGGACACCGACUUCGCCGAGCUCUGCACGCGGUCGGGAUACAAGGACUUCCCAAAAGUUGUCACCCGGCCUCGCCCACAUCCGACCUUCUCUGCAGAACUGUCACAUGUAAUUUCCUAUACUGGUGGGGGGAGACCCACACUUCCUCUCUGUCACCCCCUACCCUCACCCUUCCCUUGCCUCAGUGGUGCCUCCGGUUCUCAGAUCUCCCCCACCCUCAGGAAGGUGUCUCUGGAGGGGAACCCGCUGCCGGAGCAGUCCUAUCACAAGCUCAUGGCACCGGAGAGCACGAUCGCGCACUUGUCUCUGCGUAACAACAACAUUGACGACCGCGGGGCGCAGCUCCUGGGCCAGGCUCUGUCCACACUGCACAGCUGCAACCGCACCCUGGUCUCGCUCAACCUGGGCUUCAACCACAUCGGGGACGAGGGCGCCGGCUACAUCGCGGACGGCCUCCGGCUGAACCGCUCCCUGCUCUGGCUGUCCCUGGCGCACAACCGCAUCCAGGACAAGGGCGCCCUGAAGCUGGCCGAGGUGCUGCGCCCCUUCGAGUUGACGCAUACCGAGGUGGUGGAGCGCCGGCGCCUCCUGCUGGAGAAGGGGACGCCGGAGCGCUCGCGAUCGCCUUCUACCUCUCGGCUCGGGGACUCCAAAUCAGACCGGGAGAAGAGCCAGACAGGGGGGCUCAGCAGUGUUUCCUUGGUGGACAAGACUGACAAGACGCAGGUGGUGAAGGCCGCUAAGGGCCUGGGCAAGAAAAAGGAGAAGCCGGGGGAAGUGGUGAAGAAAGAGGAGAAGUCAGGCUCUGGGCAGCUGUCUGCACAAGGAACCCUUAAAAAAGACGACUUCAAAGCAAGCAAGGGGAAGGUCACCAUCCCCGAGCAGAAACCAACCAAGGGCAAAGGGCCCAAGACUGGGGUCAGAGAGAAGCGCAGCACCCUCCUGGAGUCAGAGCAGCUGGUAGCUGAGACCACGGAGACGGUCAGUCCGCUCCUGGAGCCGGUGGAGCACCGGGACGGGAAAGUUUUCAUGCCGGGGAACAAAGUCCUCUUGCACCUCAACCUUCUCCGAAACCAGAUCACAGAGGUGGGGCUGGACGGCUUCCUGGCUGCAGUGCAGUACCAGGCACAGUUUACCCAAGCCAACAGCACGUCCAAGGGCCCCGUGGGGCUGCUGUGGCUGUCCCUGGAGAAAAACUGCUUCUUCCCACGAUGUCCUGCGUAUGCCACGAUCCAGGAGCUGAUGCUGCCAAGGGACCCCAUCAGUAAGGCCGAGCCAAGGGAGGAGGAGGCCUUGGCCCCCUCCACCUAGCCCGCCCCUCCCUCCUUCCCAGGGGCUCUGGGCUGCAGAAGCCUCUCCACACGUGGGCUGACUCCCUGGGGGAGAUCUCAGAUCAUUAACAAAUCCUAUUGCUGUUCUUUUUUCCUUGAGGUUGUCUGAAAACUGUUCCAGAACAUUUAGACUCUGAGUCUUGUUUGUUACAUGUCCAGAAACGGCUAAACGGCUUUGUGGUCCUGCUGGGAAUAGUUCUUGCUUGCUGGGCCGGAGUCAUUCUCUCCCUGUGUUCCCUAGAGAACGCUGAGGUUUGCAGCAACCUUUGGUCUCAGAGGCAGAAGGGAAAGACUUAGGGUUAGUAACUGACACGUGCAAGCAGAGUGGGAGAGGAGUGGGUCCGGUAGAGGGAUGGAGCACGUGCUGCCCCCACCCUGUCUGCUUCUCACUGUUGCCCAGGUGUUUGGUUUGCAGAAGAGGCAAAGAAUAUACACAUUUCAGCUUAAGAAAAUGUAUGGAGUUGGGCAGUUACUUUGGAGAGGGCACUGAGUCUCUCUGCAUCUAUAUAGCGCAGGGCAAGCACUUGGCAUGAAUCCUGGUAACACUGCUGCAGACGCCGUCCAUUGGGAACCAGGUGCACCAGCCGCUGUGGGGGCCCUGGGUCCUCACCUCCCCUGAGAUAACCAGCGGACAGUGCCUAGAGGGUCCAGGCGGGCUUCUGGGGAGCUAUGCCCACUCGACAGGAGCUUCCAGAGAAGUGUCCCUUCUUCCCCUCUGGGCCCAUUUGACCUGGUCCCAGCCCCUCCUUCCCUCGGUUGCUUUGACGAGCUCCCCUGCCCUGAACUCCCUUCUCAGCGAGGCUCAGUGGCUCUCCCGGGCCUCUCUGCCUCUGCCUGCCCGGACAGCCACUCAGCCUCUCGGCAGCUGGCUGCUGAGCUUCAGCCACCUCGGCUUCUCCCAUUAUCCCUUCCUUACCAUACUUGGUCACCAGUGACUUGUGUAUUAGUUCUGACACCUGGCUGGACUACGAGCUCUGAGGCCAGCACCUAGCAUCUAGGUUUAGGAGGGAGAGAAGUUGGGGCUGGAAGGAUUUGUCCCUUGGUCCGACAGUGAAGGCAAAUGUGGAGGGGCUUUGGCAGGCUGCAGUCCUGGGGGCGUGUCUGCUUCUGCUGUGCCAGCGUCCAGGGGGCGCACAGCCUGUGGGAGGGUCGGGAGGGCUGACGGCUGCGAGGGGCUGGCCAGGCCUCUGAGACGACUCUCCUCCUCAGGUUUUGCCUUUAAAGUCCUGAAGCUGAAGGAGGGCAGCUCACGAGGGCCCUUGAUGCUGGGUCCCCUGCUCCUUUGUAUCGUGUGUGUGUGCGUGUGUGUAAACUGUGAGUUCAGUGUCCUUCCAUGUCUUGGCCAUGGGGCUGGGUAAUGGCACACCCAACUGUAGGUCAAUGAGUGCACGUCAGAGGUUCUGGGAGAGAGUAAGGCAAGACUGGGCCUGGGGGCUUGACACCGCUGGG